CACUGUCUUCACUUACCGGCAAGAAGGGGCCCGCUUCAUUCCCUUUGACUCUUGUUUAUAAGUAGACUCGUAGGUGUGUUUUCUCGCAAUUUCUGUGUGUCUGCCUCACUUGGUUCGCUCAGAGAACGAGUUGAGUUAGCGAUCAGGAAUACGCAUCUCUGGUGAAGGGGAGGGGAAAAACUGCUUGCGCUCUGAUUGAUUUUCUUAGCGAGGCUCGAUGGGGAUAUUUAUGCCUUUUAAUCUUUUGAGAGGAAGAUCUCUUGCUGCUAUUGCAAUAUGGGUUUCCAUGGUACUCUUGGUACUGACUGGUAGUCAAGUACAAUCGGGUUCUGAUUAUCUGGUUGGGCUGGGGAGCUAUGACAUCACAGGACCUGCUGCCGAUGUAAAUAUGAUGGGAUAUGCCAAUACAGAUCAGAUUGCUUCUGGAGUUCAUUUCAGGUUGCGAGCUCGCUCCUUCAUUGUGGCAGAGCCUCAAGGAAAUCGUGUAGUUUUUGUAAACCUUGAUGCUUGCAUGGCUUCACAACUCGUGACAAUUAAAUUGAUUGAGAGGUUGCAAGCAAGGUUUGGGGACCUAUAUACUGAAAAGAAUGUUGCUAUCAGUGGCAUUCACACCCAUGCUGGUCCUGGAGGUUAUCUCCAAUAUGUUGUAUAUAUUGUAACAUCUCUUGGAUUUGUGCGUCAAUCAUUUGAUGCACUUGUAGAUGGAAUUGAGAAAAGCAUUUUACAAGCUCAUCAAAACCUCCAACCAGGAAAAAUUCUCAUCAACAAGGGAGAUAUCUUAGAUGCUGGUGUGAACCGCAGUCCCAGUGCCUAUCUCAAUAAUCCUGCAGCUGAGCGUAGCAAAUACAAUCAUAAUGUUGAUACGGAAAUGACCCUUUUGAAGUUUGUAGAUGAUGAAUGGGGCCCAGUGGGUAGCUUCAAUUGGUUUGCUACCCAUGGAACUUCUAUGAGUAGGACAAACUCUUUGAUAAGUGGGGAUAACAAAGGUGCUGCUGCACGAUUUAUGGAAGAUUGGUUUCAGCAAAAUGUUAAUAGGAGCUCAAGUUCUGAUGAAAAUGAAGCUGAGGGAGUCCCUCGAAGAGUUUCAAAUAUAAUUCCCACUAUUUACAACAACCACCAUGAACUACUGGAGCUGGCUGCAGCCUUCCAAUCUUCUCCUGGUAGACCAGCAACGAGGACUCUGAAUGUUGCCAGGCGAGUUAGAGGUGUUCUCAGGCAGGCUGGCAAACCUCAAUUUGUAUCUGCAUUUUGUCAAUCAAACUGUGGUGAUGUUAGCCCCAAUGUACUUGGAACAUUCUGUAUAGACACUGGUAAGCCAUGUGACUUCAAUCACAGUACCUGUGGUGGGAAAAAUGAGUUGUGCUAUGGCCGAGGACCUGGUUACCCUGAUGAAUUUGAGAGUACACGGAUCAUAGGAGAGCGACAAUUCAAAAAAGCCGUUGAUCUUUUCAAAAGAGCAUCUGAACAAAUAAGUGGGAAGGUUGACUACCGCCACACUUACGUAGAUUUCUCCCAGCUUGAGGUGGCGAUUGCCAAACAAGAUGGAGGCUCUGAGGUAGUAAAAACUUGUCCUGCAGCAAUGGGGUUUGCAUUUGCUGCAGGAACAACUGAUGGGCCAGGAGCAUUUGAUUUUAAGCAAGGUGAUGACAAGGGAAAUCCCUUCUGGAGGCUGGUGCGCAAUUUACUUAAGACACCGGGCGAGGAACAAGUUAAAUGUCAGGAUCCAAAGCCCAUUCUGCUUGAUACCGGAGAGAUGACGAAACCAUAUGAUUGGGCGCCUUCAAUUCUUCCAGUCCAGAUUCUUCGGAUCGGGCAGCUGGCCAUUCUCUGUGUUCCAGGAGAAUUUACAACCAUGGCUGGGAGGCGUCUUCGUGAUGCAGUGAAGAUGGUGCUCACAAGUGGUGGUAAUAAAGAAUUCGGCGGCAAUCUUCAUGUUGUUAUAGCAGGAUUGACUAAUACCUACUCUCAGUAUGUAACCACCCUUGAAGAAUACGAAGUACAGAGAUACGAGGGUGCUUCCACACUAUACGGUCCACACACACUUAGUGCCUACAUUCAGGAGUUCCGGAAGCUUGCACACGCUCUCAUAGGUGGCCAACCUGUGGAACCUGGCUUCCAACCUCCUGAUCUCCUGGAUAAACAGAUAAGCUUACUCGCACCAGUUGUGGCUGAUGCGACUCCUCUUGGUGUAAAGUUUGGUGAUUGUAGUUCUGAUGUUCCCAAGAAUUCCACCUUCAAGAGAGGUGACACAGUGACGGCUGUUUUCUGGUCUGCUUGCCCCCGAAAUGACCUGAUGACUGAAGGUACAUUUGCCCUAGUGGAGAUGCUCCAAGGAAAGGAUAGUUGGUUCCCAGCUUAUGAUGAUGAUGAUUUCUGCCUUCGUUUUAAGUGGUCAAGACCUUCAAAACUGAGUACAAGAAGUUAUGCAACAAUAGAAUGGAUAAUCCCAGAGUCUGCCACUCCGGGUGUGUACAGGUUAAGACAUUUUGGCGCAGCAAAGGCCUUUUUGGGUUCCAUUCGCCAUUUCACUGGUUCAUCUAGUGCUUUCGUGGUUGCAUGA